GUCAGAAGCAUCCUUUUCGUGAAGCUUAUUUCUCUUUAUAUAACAAAGCUUGAUUCGCAAAUAAACGAAAAUUCAGAUUAGAAGAAACAAAGGAUUGGGAGAUUUUGAGCAGCUUGGCUGUGUUUCUGUGAUUUUGUUGCAGUCGAGAGAUGGGAACGGAGGUUUUGCAUCCUGUAGAUGUGUUGAACGAGAGAUUGAAAGUUCCUCAGGCGUCGAGAAGAAAUUUUUCAGCGGCUGUAACCAUGACUCGAAAGCUAGGCGGCAACUCGAGUCACCGGAAAACGUCUGCCAGGCCGGAGAAGAAAAAAAUCAACAGCGUUGAAGAGAAGAAAGAUGUUCACCGCCGGAAAGUCGACGGUACAGCUCCGGCGCCGGUGAUUAUUUUGAAAAGAGGUGAAUCGUUGGAUACCUUGACAGCUAAGCUCAACAGCAGAAACUCUAAAGUAAAGUCUUCUAACUCUAAAUCGGUUGACGAAUCGACGGUUUUCGAGAAAAAAGGAUCCAAACCAGCGCUUGCGAGUCAGAUCUGUGUUUCUCCGCCGCAGAAAAUCGAUGAAUACGCUGGAUCUAGUUUUACCGUGUUGCCGGCGAGUCAGAUCUGUAUUUCUACGCCACAGAAAAUCGAUGAAUACGCCGGAUCUGGUUUUACCGUGUCGCCGGCGCCUCAAUCACUGCCUGUGCCGUCGUUCUGCAACAAAAAAAUCAGAUCGGUCGACGAUUCAGCAACCAGAGACUUACGGCGCUUGCUUCGUCUAGAUUGAUCAUCCAAUUAUAGUAUGUGAAGUCGAUUUGGGGCUCUUGAGAUUCUCUAUCUUCUCGAUUUCCUUCCGUCGAUAUUUUUUCCAAGACAGAAGGCGAUUUUUGCAGAUCCAGAAGUUCAAGAGCUGAGUCGAAGGUGAUAGCUCCAAACUGUAAUUUCUAGGGUUUUACUGUGUCAGUUAUGUAACCUAUUUCAUGUAUAGGUAAGUUGGGCAUUGUUUGGUGGUAAUUUACAUUAGAGGUGUAGAAAAUUGGGGAUUAGGGUUUGGGUUAAUUUGGGAUAAAUUUCUUUUAUGGUUUUCAUUCAGUAUUUUGUGUUUAGUCUAAAGAUUAAAUCCUUUUAGCAAGAAUCAUAGUAGUAACAGUUAUGUUUUUUGUUUUUAAUGUUAAUAAAGCCUUGUUUGUGUUUUUUUGUUCAA